AAGGGAGGUAAUAAUGCACGCACACUCAAGAUCUGUUUCACGUGGUGAAAGAAAACAAUAGGCUUUGGCUAGCAACUUUGCUGUGACUAAGGGUUGACCGUUAGUUUUUCUGAUAGGCUAGCGCUUCCUUCACUACAGUUUUAUUUCCAAAAAAAAGGCUAGAGAAAACAGAUAUGGGUAUCAAAGGACUCGCUAGUAACAGAAAGAGGAAGGCAAAGUGUCGCAAGUCAGAGCAAUAUCACAGAGCGUUGAAACAAGAAAAGAAGAAAAGACUCCCCCCAACAUCUCUUGAGAUUGAAGAUGUUCACUUGUUUAGCAAAGAAAAAUUGAGAAAUAAAUUCAAAAAUCCAAAGAAUAAUAUCCAGAUAUCGGGAAAGAAAAGGAGACGACUCACAAAGAGACUUGGCCAUGCACUCCGAGAAAAGUCUCAGAUGGAUGUGGAGGUUGAGAGUUCCAGGGCGACGAAGGCUCAGGCUGAGAAUGAAGACUCAGCUAUGGCUGACCUUGGAGAGACAGAGCAGGACCUUGUUCCUCCCGAGGUUCCUUCCACAAGCUCAGCAUCCUCUUCUACAAAGAAAAAACGUAGAGGGGGGAAAAAGCAGAGAAAGAAACAGACUUCUGGGGCGAAAGAUAAUCAGACAGAUGAUGGUUGGGAAGAUGUGGAUAUGGGCGAGGAUGAGGAUUUGUGAUUACUUGUCUUUCAAAUCUUUUUGUAAAUAAAAUUUGUACAGUCAUUUA